UGAUAAUUUCUCUGCUUUUCCCACUACCAACACCCACCGCUCUUUCUUUCAGUAUUAACAAUCUUUUUCUAUAAAUCUCACUUGUUUCCAUUUCGCACAGUACUCUUAGCCUUCACCCACAAAAAUGGCAGCUAAGCAGACCAUAAUUAUUGUUGCCUCCAUCUUUGUACUAGCACUCUGCAGCGGCACGACAGCACAGGCACCGUCAUCUGCACCUGGGCCAGCUGUGGCCUUCGGGCCGUCUGCUGAGGCACCGACGCCGGACUGUUUGACGAACUUGUUGAACUUGUCGGAUUGCUUGACGUUCGUGGAGGUUGGGAGCAACCUAACGAAGCCUGAGAAGCCUUGCUGUCCAGAGCUGGCGGGGCUUGUGGAAAGCAGUCCUCAAUGUUUGUGUGAUUUGUUGGAUAAGAAUACAACCGCAAGCUACGGGCUCGACAUUGAUAUGAACAGGGCUCUUAAUCUUCCCACUGUUUGUCAUGUUUCUACUCCUCCUGUUAGCCUCUGCUCAAUAAUCAAUGGCGCCCCAGUCGGAGGUCCAACCCCAAGUACGACACCAGGUCUUGGCCCGGUAGGAUUAGCUCCCAGCCCUUCAAGUGGAAAUGGCAACGGAGCUUCAAACAUUGCAGUCUCUGGUCUAGCUUCCUUCAUUGCCUUGGCAAUUGCGUUUCUGCCCACACUUUUGGGGAUUUAAAAUUCUUUUGCCAUUGUCGAACUUGAUUUUCUCCAGUAAUCAUAUGCUGCAUUAUUGAAUAUUCUGUGUCUACUAUUUUUUUUUUUUGAGAGAGAAGAGACUGUUUAGUACUUAACACCAAUAAUUUAUAGGAGUUUGUUCUGAGAUUUAUUUCAUUAUC